UUUUAUCUUUUGGGCUUUUGGUUUUUUCUUGAAUGGGGUAUUGAAUUUGUCAUCUUUAUCUUGUAUGUUUGUUUUUUCUAGGAAGGAAGGAAUUAAUGUGAAAAAUGGUUUUUUUUUAGCAAUCAUCUACAAAAUUUGAGUGAUCUACAUAAUGGGAAUGAUAAGAUUCAAGAAAAAAAAGAAGUAACUCGCUGGAUUUUUAUCCAUGACCAAGUAUUUCUAGUGGUUGAAAAUGGUUGUGAGCGGAUUAUUUUUGUUUGUAGAUUUACAAGUUUUUCAGUGAAGAUUAACCCAGUUAUAGACUUUCGCCUUGAAAAUUGAUAUUAAACAUGUUGUUUACUAAAUAUCCAGGUAGGUAAAGUGUCCUUUUUUUUUUUUUGAAAAACAGGUAUGUAAAGUGUUAAUUAAGUAUCUAAACUUCUACUCGAUAUGUUAUAAAUCUGGCUUAUCAUUGCGAUAUGUUAUUAAAUUUGGCUUAUCAUUGCGAUGUGUUAUAAAUUUGGCUUAUCAUCGUAUUCUACUCGAUAUGUGUUAUUAAUGAGUAUGGUAUGAAUUUGGUUCUACUCGAUAUGUUGUUAAGGUGGAAAUGUAUUAUAAUAAUGUAUCCAAACCUCUGCUUUUUGUGAGAGUUAUGAAGUGUUUUUUUAAUCAAUUUUAUUGGUGCAUCUAUUACCUUUUAGAUUGUGCAUCUAUAUUUAGGUAAAGGAUCAUGGAGAUAUACUUAAGCAACACAGGAAGGAUGUUUGUACAGAUAGCUGUAUCCGUUGCUACUGUUCUUCUGGGUUUUGUUUACAAGGCGAUACAACCUCCCCCUCCAAAAGUAUGUGGUUCACCUGGUGGUCCUCCUGUGACUUCACCAAGAAUCAAACUCAGUGAUGGCAGGCAUUUGUCAUAUAGAGAGGCAGGAGUCAGCAAAGAUGAGGCUAAGCACAAGAUCAUAGUCAUUCAUGGCUUCGCUAGCUCCAAGGAUCAAAGGCUACCCAUCUCUCAAGAACUUGCGGAGGAGCUAAACCUAUACUUCCUGUUUUUUGAUAGAGCUGGCUAUGGAGAAAGUGAUCCCUAUCCAAACCGCUCUGUGAGAAGUGAAGCUUACGAUAUUCAAGAACUUGCUGAUGCAAUGCAGCUAGGAUCCAAGUUUUAUGUCAUUGGAAUCUCCUUGGGAGCUUACCCUGCAUAUAGCUGUAUGAAAUACAUCCCACACAGAUUGGCGGGGAUCUCCUUGGUUGUUCCAUUUGUCAACUACUGGUGGCCUGGUUUUCCUUGUUCCAGAGAAUGUUUUAGGGGGCUUUGUCUGCAAGACCAAUGUACCUUUGGAGUGGCACGUUAUGCUCCUUGGUUGUUUUACUGGUGGAUGACUCAAAAAUGGUUCCCUUCAUUAAGCCUCUUGUCUGGUGAUCCAUCUGUUUUCAGUCGACAAGAUUUGGAAAUUAUGAAGAACAUGCCACAAACUCCCCAGGAUAAAAGCCGUCAACAAGGUGAUUUUGAAUCUCUUCAUCGAGAUAUUAUGGUCGGUUUUGGGACAUGGGAAUUUGAUAUCCUGGAUUUAAAAAAUCCUUUCCCUGGCUAUGAAGGCUCGGCUCACAUCUGGCAAGGCUAUGAGGACAAAAUAAUUCCUUUUCAAAUGAAUCGCUAUAUCUCGAAAAAGCUUCCGUGGAUUAAGUAUCAUGAAGUUCCUGAUGGUGGACAUCUGUUCAUCAGUGAUCAGAGCAGUUUUGAAUCUAUCCUAAGAGCACUUCUGUUUGAAUAGUUUCCAUCCUACAUGCCUUUAACUUGUAUGCAAAUUGUCAUUGGUCUGGACUUUGUAAUAAUUGGGAAUAACAUUUUUAAUUAUUUAUACCCCCUUCUGGUGUGGUAUUUAAUCUACUUUUUACAUUUCGAAUGUGAAUGUUUUGAAA